AUGAGGUACCUUGAAGAUCACCAGCUGAUUAGUGACCGCCAAUACGGUUUUCGCCGUGGUCGGUCAGCUGGUGAUCUUCUGGUCUACCUAACUCACAGAUGGGCGGAGGCAGUAGAGUUCAAGGGGGAGGCAUUGGCCGUUAGUUUGGACAUUGCGAAGGCCUUCGAUUGGGUUUGGCACAAAGCGCUUCUUUCGAAGCUCCCUUCCUAUGGGCUUCCCGAGAAAUUGUGCGAUUGGAUCACCAACUUUCUUGCAGAUCGGAGCAUCAAGGUCGUUGUAGACGGUGCAAGCUCCGAUUGCAAGCCUAUUAAUGCUGGUGUUCCACAGGGCUGCGUGCUAUCGCCAACGCUGUUUCUUCUGCAUAUCAAUGACAUGUUGCAUACCCGUAACAUUCAUUGCUAUGCAGAUGACAGCACUGGUGAUGCUCUUUACACCGGCCGAGCCAAUAUUUCUCGGGAAAACGUCUCCGAGUGCCGGGACAAACUUGUGUCUGAAGUCGAGUCUCUGCUGGACAGAGUCUCGGAUUGGGGGCGACUGAAUCUAGUCCAGUUUAACCCCCAGAAGACACAAGUUUGCGCGUUAACCGCUAAAAAGAACCCCUUUGACGUAUCCCCUCAGUUUCAAGGCACUCCCCUUGUUGCCUCAGCCAGUAUCGGAAUCCUCGGCGUCGACAUAUCGAGUGACGUGCAGUUUCGUGGUCACUUGGAAGGGAAGGCCAAAUUGGCCUCUAAAAAGCUUGGCAUGCUCAGCAGAGCGGGACAGUAUUUCAUGCCGGCACACCGCCUGCAACUUUACAAGGCGCAGGUUCGGCCGCACAUGGAAUACUGUUCCCAUCUCUGGGCUGGGGCUCCCCCAGUACCAGCUUCUUUCACUUGA